CCUAAUAUACAAAGCAUUGCGCCGUCCCAGACCGAGGCUAUCGUCUACCGCUUCAAAGCAUUCAGACUCAAAAAACUUCAAAUCAUCUUCAAGAUGGAUCAUACAAAGCUCCAGAAGAUGGCUGGUGCAGUUCGCACUGGUGGUAAAGGAAGCGUGAGAAGGAAGAAGAAGGCUGUUCACAAGACAACUACCACAGACGAUAAACGGCUUCAAAGUACCUUGAAGAGAAUAGGAGUUAAUGCAAUUCCUGCAAUUGAGGAAGUCAACAUUUUCAAGGAUGAUGUAGUUAUUCAAUUUACUAACCCGAAAGUUCAGGCUUCUAUUGCGGCAAACACAUGGGUUGUUAGUGGUUCUCCUCAAACGAAAAAAUUGCAGGAUAUUCUUCCUGGAAUCAUCAACCAAUUGGGGCCCGAUAACUUGGACAAUUUGAGAAAGUUGGCUGAGCAGUUCCAGAAGCAAGCACCUGGAGCAGGUGCUGGUGCAGCAGCAGCAGCCAAUGCUGAGGAUGACGAUGACGAUGUUCCCGACCUUGUUGAAGGGCAGACCUUCGAAGCUGCUGCAGAAGAGAGUAAAGCCUCCUAGAUAGAGGAGCUCUCAAGAUGAUUUUGUUUAGCUUUUCUUUUUUCUUACAUAUUUUUAAGUGUUUGGGAAGAGUUCCAUUUUUCUCCGUGUAUUUGUUUUUGCUAAUCUUUUGUUUUCCCCAUGGCAUUUUACUCGCCCUGCUCCCAUGUAACGCCCCGAUGGAUGGAUUUUUUUAAUUGCCUGCCCCCCACCCCUUUAACAGCCUUAAUUCCUCUUGGUAAUGCUUUUCAUAAUUUUGUUGCGGAAUUGAGGGCUACCAUCCCAAAAAAAAAAUAUGGGGAUUAAAUUUAAGCCAACUUUGUAUUCGAAUAUGUUAAGUUAUGGUUAUUAAGUAGUCCUUUCUCACCUUUUCUCA